UCCCACGCACGCACGCCGGCGGGCGGCGGGGCGGCAGGCUCGCGCCCAGGCUCGCCCAGCGCCGCGCCAGAGGCUCGCGCACUCAGCAGGUUGGCCUGCGGCGGCGGCAGCUGUGGGAGCUGAGGCGCUGCGUGUCAGAGGUUCCAGACGUCUGCGGCUCCGGCCCCGCCACCCUCUGCCUCUCACCUCACUCUCCGUGCCUGGUGCUGAGAACAGAACAGCACUAGCCUUGGGAACCCUGAGCACACCCCUGACUGCUUCUGACACCAAUCUCCUUCCCUUCCCAGCCGCGGGCCUCGGUCGGUGCCAGGCGACUCCGCGGGGAGGCGGUGGCGACGGCUGCCUAUCUGUGGAGAGCAGUCCUGCCCCCUAGCCUUGCUCCGCCGUCGGCCCUGCUGGGGCCGAGAGAGCUCGGCGCCCGCCCUUCCUUUCACCCUUUUCAUCAACCGAUUGGAGUAGCGUCGGUCCGGUAGGUCUCUGGGCUGAAGCGGCGGCAGCUCCUCCGGUUCCAUCAUGUCCGCGGGCGGAGACUUCGGGAAUCCGCUGAGGAAAUUCAAGCUGGUGUUCCUGGGGGAGCAGAGCGUUGGAAAGACAUCCUUGAUCACCAGAUUCAUGUAUGACAGUUUUGACAACACCUAUCAGGCAACAAUUGGUAUUGACUUUUUAUCAAAAACAAUGUACCUGGAGGAUCGAACAAUGAGGCUGCAGCUGUGGGAUACUGCGGGUCAGGAACGUUUCCGUAGCCUCAUUCCCAGUUACAUCCGUGAUUCUGCUGCAGCUGUAGUAGUUUACGAUAUCACAAAUGUUAACUCAUUCCAGCAAACUACAAAAUGGAUUGAUGAUGUCAGAACAGAAAGAGGAAGUGAUGUUAUCAUCAUGCUAGUAGGAAAUAAAACAGAUCUUGCUGAUAAGAGGCAAGUAUCAAUUGAGGAGGGAGAGAGGAAAGCCAAAGAGCUGAAUGUUAUGUUUAUUGAAACUAGUGCGAAAGCAGGAUACAAUGUAAAGCAGCUCUUCCGACGUGUUGCUGCAGCUUUGCCUGGAAUGGAAAGCACACAGGACAGAAGCAGAGAAGACAUGAUUGACAUAAAACUGGAAAAGCCACAGGAGCAACCAGUCAAUGAAGGAGGCUGUUCCUGCUAAUCCCCCACCCCCACGGCAUCUUCACUUCCCUCUAGACGCUCACUGCUUUGGCCCCCUUUACUCUUUCAUUGACUGCAGUGUGAAUAUUGGCUUGAACCUUUUCCCUUCAGUAAUAACGUAUUGCAAUUCAUCAUCGCUGCCUGUCUCGUGGAGAUGGUCUAUUAGCUUCACAAGCACAAAAAAGUCAGUGUCUUCAUUAUUUAUAUUUUACAAAAAGCCAAACAAUUCCAACAUAUUCCAGUGAUAACUUUAAAAAUUAGAUACAUUUUCUUAACUUUGUUUUCCUUUUUAAUGUUCCGGUAAUGCACUUCAAAAUGAUGGAAAUCUCAGUAGUAUGUGGCUUGGUUAAGGAACAAUUUGUUCACAGCAGCACUUGCCUGCCUACUUGAUCUCUCCCUGCUCUCUUAUUCCAUUCCCUAUUACUCUUCCUUCCUCAAAACGAACAAGAGGUGGCAAAGCAGCAGUCAAACCAAGCCCAUUGGAAUUAUCCUUCAAUUUUAGUGAUACCACUUGCUCUAGGCCUUGGGUCAGGAUAUCCGAAAUUAUUCUUGAGCACUGAUGUAAAUUACUUAGACCUUCUUUGAGUUCAGAACUAGCUAUCAUGGUAGUCAGUGCUUGAAUAAGAAAAGUGUUCUGGUGCAUCUUUAAAAUGAGUCCUAAUGAACAUAGUACUUACAAGUAAACGAACACAAAAUGUGUUUCUGACCAAAACAAACAACGCUUUCACAUGUUAGACUCUGAAAGAGAAAAGUAAAAGUGCUUCAGAACAGGUUUUUAAUAUUUAAUCCUUCUAAUGAACUGUUUCUCCCAAGAUUUUAAAAUUGUCAAAAUAGAGCUAUUUUAUUUGCUUAAAAGAAAAACUUUUUUCACAAUAGAUUUCUCUUGGAUAUUUUUCUUUAAAAAAAAAAAAAUGCAGGCAAGGCACUAUAGAAAUCAAAUCCCUUUAAGAACCAGUGGAAGAAUUUAAAUUUGGUACCUUGAUCAAAACUACUGUAACCAGUAGAAAUAAUGAUAUCUAAAGCUUACCAACAAAAGAAUCCUCAACAGAAUAGCAGAUACUUUGCUCAGGACAUUUGAGGUCUAAUUGAAAAUGGCACGUUUUCUUAUAUGCCCCUCGAGGCAGAUCUGGAAAAAAGCAUACAUAGAAAAGGGAAAGGAGAGAAUGGAAAUAAAACUCAAUGUUAUGCAGAUUUAUGCCUUAUUUUUUAGCUUUUUUUUUAACGUUGGGUCUUUCAGGAUGGUUUUGCUUUUUAUUAGAUCUGUAUAGUUGAUUAAUUAGUGAUUUAGUUUUAUAUUUAAGCUACAAGUAAUCUCUAGUGAUAUUUAUUUCUUUGCCUUUUUUUAACCACUUUCAAUUUUUAGAUGUUUUGUUCGAUCUAUUUAGAGCUUCAUCACUAUGGCAAUAUGUAUUUCCCUUAAAACACUGCAAACAAAUAUACUAAGAGUGCACCAUUUUAAUCUUUACUAGUUAUUGUGAGAUUGCUGUGUAAGUUAAUAAACAUAUUUGUAAAUACAUUGUUUGCAGGAAGAAAAUUUCUGAGUUACAGCUCAGGAAAAGCCUGCUGAAUUUAUGUUGUAAGCAUUACUUAACACAGUAUAAGAUGAAAAAACAAAAAUAUCUUCAUACUUCCUCAUCCCCUCAUUGCAACAAAACCCUUAACUGGGAGAACCUUCUUCCCUCUCUUUCCUCUUCCUCCUCCAUGCCCCACUUACUGUCACCUUGUAAUAUUCAGAGAGCACUUGGAUUAUGGGUCUGAAUAGAGAAAUGCUUUCAGAUAAUCAUUAGUCCACAUACCAGUAACUCAAAAAGAUGAGAUGGAGUUGUAAAGUGCUUUUAUAAUACAAUAAUAUUGUUAAAGGCAAGGGUUGACUCUUUUGUUUUAUUUUGACAUGGCAUGUCCUGAAAUAAAUAUCAAUUCAAUAUGA